UUCUUUCUGUGAACCACAUCCCCUCAGCUGUUUGCAAGUUCUCUUUCCUUUCCCACAAAUAAUUCAUUUUCCUGUUACCCACACUCGACAGCAGCCAAGAAGCCAACCUUAGUGAACAGCCUGUUCAAUGUUUGGUUGGUAGGAUUGCUCGAGUAGCUUGUGACUAGUGACACUCAAGCGUAAAAAGAAGCCAACUGGAACAUGACCUUCGUAGACUAAAUUGUAUUACUAAACGAUUGUUUCAGGAGGAAAGUAAAAUAAAAUAAAGCCGAUCGAAAGCAUACACCACAGCAAUGGCACAAGUUGAAGGACGUGUGUAUGAUACAAUUGAACAAGAUGAACAACCCGUGUGGAAAUCAUACUUGUAUCAGUUGCAGCAAAAAGCCCCAAAACCCAACGGGAUUCCAUGCAAUAAAGAGAUCUCUGCUAAGCCAAGACAUUAUGGAAAGGAGUAAAUUUGGCUAUACUUUUCUGUUUCACACAUGUCCAGGCAUAUGUCAAGCACGUUAUAAUAUAGGUCAUAAACCAAAAAUCAUUAGACUUUAACUGGUGACUAUAAUAUACUAAAGCCUGCUAUUUGGAUUAUAAUUAUCUUGGAUAAUCUUUUAUGAUUAACGGUUACUCUAGCUAAAUGUUGAGCAAAUAUACAUGUUCUUACAUAUAAUAUAGUCUUCUAUAACUUUAUUUAGAAUACAAAUAUAUUGAAGUAAAUCUGUACCUUGCAAAAAAAACUGUUUGAAAUUUUAUCAGUUUAAAUGAUGUUUCAAGUCUUUUUUAUACAGCUAAAAAAAUGAAAAAAAUUUGGCUCUUUUUAAUGUGAGAAAGUGAAAAGGAUUAAAAGCCAAAAGGAAACAUUUAACGUCUUAUUAGAAGAAAAGGUCCAGUGCUUAACUUAUAUUAUUAUGUCAUUUCAGUCGUUAGUCCUUCCUUAGACAGGUAUAAAGAAGGACUAAUGUCCGAAUUAAGUAUCAGCUAAAUAAGUAUACCUUUUUUAUUACAUGGUAUUCAACAUGCUUUAUACACUUACAAGUACAGCUCAAACUAGUUUACUCUGCAAGGACUCAUUCAAUGAAACAUAAAUUACUCGGUUUAUUUUUUGAAACAGGAAAUGGCCAUUUUAUUAUUUGCAUGAAAUGAGAUUUCACCACUUUCCCCCCUUGAAACAUUAUUCCUACAUCCCCCCACCCUCUUACCACUCUGUUAGAAAAAUUUGGUAUCUUAUUGCUCAAAUAGCAAUGUGGCUAGUUGUAAGAAAUGGGCUGUUAUCUGUGCAGGUCAUGUAGCUUGUAAAUGUUAUUAUCAAACUCAUUAAUAAUUCAUGAGGAAAACACAACAGAAAUCACGACCGUGAAGAGUGUUGUAAAUCUGAUAAAAAACUGUGUUCAUUUGCAUAAACUUUAAGUUGGAUUUUC